AUGGACUUCUUCAGCUACUCGGAAUGGCAGCGACUUGAAUACUUUCACCUUGAUAUCGCAAUGAUCGGCGUGGCAUUUUUGGCCCUCGUGACAGUACUGGCAUGUCUCGUGUACAAGCUUGGCUCGAAAUUGUCCCUCGACGACCUCACGGUUCAUCCCUACCUUCGAUUUGCCUACGUCUGUAUGAUCAAACCUCAUGACGGACGGGCAGAGGCAGGGCAGCAGUCGGCCCUCGAGAGCUUCUAUGCAGCACAGGCCAGUGUCUAUGAUGCGACCAGAAGACGGUUGUUGCGAGGAAGAGAGGACAUGCUUUCGAUACUGGCUGCAAAGUUACAGGCUCGAAUAUCCCCAGACGGUGCUCCAAAGCCAGUCUGGUACGACAUUGGCGGAGGGACCGGCUAUAACAUCGAGGCGAUGGACAAGCUCGUAGGAGUUGACAGCUUCUUUGAGCAUGUCUUCUUAGUCGACUUAUCCACGUCCUUGUGUGACGUGGCCCGUGAACGGGUCCGAAAGAACGGAUGGAAGAAUGUUACGGUUCUCUGCCAAGAUGCGCGCACCAUUGCAUGCACUGCGUCGACCGCCGAUCUAAUUACAAUGAGCUACAGUCUGUCGAUGAUUCCGGAUUUCUACAGCGUUGUGGAUCUUAUAUCCGGGUUUCUCGCGCCACAAGGCAUCGUCGGCAUCGUCGACUUUUAUGUGCAGAGCAUUGUGGACGUCUCGUCGCGGAACUACAUUGGUGGGACUUUCAAUAGACAUGUGAAUUGGGUGGGACGGAUGUUUUGGCGAACAUGGUUCGACGCAGACCGGGUAAAUUUGGAUGGUGGUCGAAGGGAUUAUGUUGAGUACAGGUUCGGGACAAUCCUCUCUGCGAGCGAGAGAAACUAUAUGCUAGGAGGGAUUCCGUACUACAUUUUCAUCGGUUGCAGACGAGACGCCGACACCCUGGGCGAGCAUGGCAAUGAUAUCCUGGAGAAACUCGACGCGGCCUUAACCGAAUCACCAUAUCUUUCGCCUCUAGAAUUCCGCAAACAACAGGCCAUCGAGGCACAACAGAGCAUCCCACGGUCAAAAUCCUACGAAUCUGCCAUAGUCAACUUGAGCUCCAAUCUUCCCCUCCCAGCAGCUUUCUACCAACAACACCAGUGGCGCAUCUACUACAAUGACCUCCUCCAAAAGCACCAGCAGUUCGGGAGUGAAUAUAUCUAUGCUUUCAACUGGGAAGAUCCCAAAGUCGACCGGCAGCUCCUGAACAUUUCCAGAGACGAUGUCAUCCUUACCAUUACCAGCGCCGGCGACAAUAUACUAGACUAUAUGCUGGAACGGCCUAAACGCAUUCAUGCGGUCGAUCUGAACCCGUGCCAAAACCAUCUUCUCGAACUGAAGGUCGCAGCGUUCACGGCGUUGCCUUACGCAGACGUAUGGCAGCUGUUCGGCGAGGGUCAGCAUCCCGACUUCCGCAACCUUCUUCUACAAAAGCUCAGCCCUCACAUGUCCAGCCAAGCAUUCCAAUACUGGCUCAAUCGUGCGUCUGUCUUCUCGACACCAGGCGGCUUGUAUGAGAGUGGUGGCUCACGGCAUGCCAUUAAACUUGUCCGGAGACUUGCCAAGGUGUGUGGGCUAACGUCGAAAGUAAACACGAUAUGCAAGGUGGAGACGCUCAACGAGCAGCGUGAGAUCUGGCCGUCUAUUCGGAACGUACUUCUCAGCUGGCCACUGCACAAGGCCAUCGUCUCGACUGAAUGGUGGGCAUGGAAAGCUGCCGGUGUUCCACCAGCACAGCAUGCGUUGAUCUUGAAUGAUUUCGCUCAACGUUCCCAGACGUCCAAGAGCAAGAAGGUUUGUGGAGAGGCGGUCUGGAAGUAUGUCGUGGACACACUGGAUCCCGUGGUCGAGACGACACAGCUGAGUCGAGACAAUUACUUUUAUUAUGUGUGUUUGCAAGGCAAAUACUCAAGAAACAGAUGUCAUCCACGGUAUUUGGGCGUUAAGGCCUACGCACAGCUCUCUAAGCCGGAGACGUUUGAUGGAUUGCGCAUCCACACAGACGAAAUUAUGGAGGUCAUUGCCAGAAUCAGUCCCUCAACCCUCACAAUUGCAAUUCUGAUGGAUUCGAUGGAUUGGUUCAACCCUGAGGAAAGCGCUGCGCAGGAACAGAUCGUCGCACUGAACAAGGUUCUGAAAGUAGGCGGACGAGUCCUUUUCCGGUCGGCAGCUCUACGCCCGUGGUACGCGGACAUUUUCGAACAAAACGGCUUCGAGGUCAGGUGUGUGGGACGACGAGAUUCAGGCAAGUGUAUCGAUCGCGUCAAUAUGUACGCCUCAGCCUUUAUCUGCACCAAGAAGCACGACAUCGUGUCUAGUCCCGUAUUAGAUCUGAAGUCUGUUGGCACUGCCGCCUCGUUGGAGGAAUUGUCAAUAUGA